UCGAGCUUCAGUUUGUCUGUUUACAUUUUCUCUAUCCUGCAAUAUUAACUUAAUUUCAAAACUAACGUUCAUAAACCGCAAUUACUUUCACCGAAUUUGAUGACACGCUUUGCGCAUACUGACAAUCGCGGGUUAAAGGCAGAGCUCGUCAACAUGGCAGCUGUCGACGUGGAAGAUGAGAGUAUUUUGGCUUCAAUAUUCAAAGACAGCUUCCCGGACAACUGGAGGGAGAAUUCAGACUUUGCAACCUAUUUGUCUGAACUCAGCUCUUACGGCGUGGAGAAGUUAAACCGAGAGCCCGAGAGGCUGGCAGAUGAGAGGGCUCAGAUAUUGCAGCAAACACGUGAACUCGCUUUCUCCAACUACAAGACCUUCAUUCGCACAGCCGACUGCACAGAGGAGAUAUAUAGAGAUUUCGGACGUAUAGAAAGCAGUGUCUCCAAGCUCCUGGAUAAGUUGCCAAGCUUUGGUGAAAAAUGCAGGGGUUUCAUGAAAGAGGCGGAGGAGAUUGGGGUCAGUCGUCGAAUGAAUAGCCUGACGUUGAAUCGCCACACGGAAAUCCUUGAAAUUCUGGAGAUCCCUCAGCUCAUGGACACCUGCGUACGCAACGGCUACUACGAGGAGGCGCUGGAGCUUGCGGCUUAUGUCAAGAGGCUGGAGAAGAAGCAUUCCUCCCUACCAGUGAUCCAGGGUAUUGUCCAUGAAGUACAGCAGUCAUCUCAGCUCAUGCUGAACCAGCUAUUGCAGCAGCUCCGCAGCAACUCCCAGCUUCCCGUUUGCCUUCGAGUGAUUGGAUAUCUCCGGAGAAUGGACGUGUUCACGGAGGCGGAACUACGGGUGAAAUUUCUGCAGACACGAAGCACCUGGCUCCAUUCCAUCCUGACCACCAUCCCCAACGAUGACCCCUACUUCCACAUCACAAAAACCAUUGAGGCCUGCCGUGUCCAUCUCUUUGAUAUAAUCACCCAGUACCGUGCCAUUUUCUCAGAUGAGGACCCGCUAUUGACCCCAGCAGGACAAACAGUCAAUGAGGGAGCCAUCUUCCAUGGCUGGGUAGUGCAGAAGGUUGCAGAAUUCCUGGAAACCUUGGAUAGGGACCUCCAGCGUGGGGUGGGUGGACGCCUGGACUCCCUGCUAGGACAGUGCAUGUACUUUGGCUUGUCGUUCAGCAGAGUUGGGGCAGACUUCCGUGGGCAGCUGGCACCCAUGUUCCAGAGAGUGGCGGCAGACACUUUCCAGAAAGUGGUUCAGGAGGCUGUGGACAAGUUCCAAGAAGACAUGAACCUGUAUACACUCAUCUCCCUACCUUCUGUGCUGGGAGGGACCAUCCCGGCUGUGGCACCCUGCACUCAACCCGGCACCCUACAACCUCCCAUGUCUCUCCUGGACUUCCAGCCUCUGGCCUGCUUCCUCAACAACAUCCUGACAGCCUUCAAUGACCUUCGACUGUGCUGCCCCCUUGGACUGGCACAGGAGGUCACCAAACAACUGGAGGAUGCCCUUUUGGUGGUUACCAAGCUGAUCCUGGUCUUCCACAGGGCUGAGGAGUCUGCCUUCAGCGGCCGGGAGAAGGAGCUUUUUGUCCAGUUCUGUUGUGCUUUUGCAGAGGACCUGGUGCCCUUCCUUAAUCGUUGUUUACAGCUCUUGUUUCCCCCAGCCCAGUUGUCCCUCAUUCUGGGUAUUCCUCCAACACAAGUGCACAAGCAUGGCAGCCUGGGUUGUAUCAAUGUGAACACCGUCCUUGAGCCUUUAGAGUUUUUGCUUCCGAAAAAGGAGACUGUGGUACCAUCUAUAGACUUCACAGCUGACCUCAGCAGCCUGACCACACCUGACCCAGUUCUCAGUGAUAUUCUGAGACCCACAGCAGAACCACAACCCAAAGAACAAGUCAUGGACUCGAGCUUCACCGAAGGAGCCAAACACUCAGAACCAUUGUCCACAGGAUCGACUCGGAACUUUUUUGACCCAGAGUUGGACACCAUACUGAAUGACCAAGGGUCUGAAGCACAGGAUGUUGAAACUGCACAGGACUAUGAUGAAUUUUCUUUGGAGUGAUGUCAACUUCCCUCUGCUGGCCUCACUCAUUAUCUUUAAGUUUAUAGUCCCAUUCACACCUGACAUUAACACAGAUUUUUUAUCCAGCCUGUUAGAUAUAGUUCAGCUGUUUUACAAUAUGGCGAAAUGUAAACGCAGUAGCCAGCAUAACAUGGAUGCAUUCAAAUUAAACUCACAUUUCUUUCCCUCGCCAAAAAGCAGAUUGCCAUCUAAGUUACUUCCUAAUUUUUUAUGUCCUGGAAAUUUUUUUUUCAGUAAACACUAUCUCGCAUGUUCCUUGUAUCAAAAUAUAUAUGUGUGUAUGUAAUAUGGCAGUCCAUUUUAAAACAGUCUUGUCACUGUCAGAGCUUCCAGCGACUUAUUGGAUUUGCAUACACUUCCUGUUAGGAUACACAGAUAAAAGUUUAUGCCUGUUUGCGUAUUCAUCUGAAUUGGAGGCCUAUGCCAUUCACACUUUGCUGAUAAUGUGAAUUUGGAGCAGUCUCUGGUUCAGUGGCUCUUAAAUGCAUUUGCCCUGUCUGAUUACAU